AUGCGCCAAGAUACUGCCGUCAUUGAAACCGUUGCCUUUUCCGUCGGAGAAGUAAGACGCGUCCUCAGUCAAAUAAAACCAGACAAGUCUCCUGGACCCGACGGAAUUCCUGGUCUGAUACUUAAGGAGCUAUCAAAGGAGCUGGCGAAGCCUCUUUCGACGCUCUUUGAGCUGUCAAUGAGAACAGGAAGGCUGCCAUCACAGUGGAAGACAGCUAACCUCGUUCCCUUACAUAAAGGCGGUAGCAGGAUGGCAGCAAGCUGUUUCAGGCCUAUUAGCCUAACCUGCCUCUCGUGCAAAACGAUGGAAGCUCUAGUAAAGAGUGCCAUACAGCAAUUUUGUGAAGAAAAUAACCUCUUGCAGGAUUUCCAGCAUGGCUUCCGGAGAGGACGUUCUUGCCUCUCAAAUCUGCUAGCUUGUCUGGAGAUCUGGACCAGGGCCCUAGAAGAGGGUUUUGAAGUUGAUGUCGUGUACAUCGAUUUUCGCAAAGCCUUCGAUACUGUCCCGCACCAACGCCGUCUUCACAAAUUGAGCGCCAUCGGCAUCCGGGGAGAUCUUCUGAACUGGAUAUUGGCGUUUCUGGUUGGUCGGAAACAACGUGUUUGCAUCGGUGAUGAUAUGUCAGAAUGGGUGAGCGUGACCAGUGGUGUGCCUCAAGGCUCAGUUCUGGGACCAUUGCUAUUCCUCCUUUAUGUUAAUGACAGCCUUCAGGAACUCGACUGUGGCAAAAUAAUGUUUGCUGACGACGUUAAGCUCUGGCAAUUCAUUAAGAGUCCUAACGACCAGAGAUCCCUCCAAAACAAUCUUCAUCGACUGCAAGCGUGGUCGGAGAAAUGGCUUCUAGACUUCAAUGUGCAGAAGUGUGCCGUCCUCCAUCUGCGUCCAACUAACUCUCAUUCAAAUCAGAGCCUGAGGACAUAUCAUCUGAAAGAUAUAAGGCUCCCCGCAGAAUCUUCACAGAAGGAUCUCGGGGUUUGGAUACAGAACAACCUGAAACCAACACUGCAGUGCCACAAGGCUGCAAAAAACGCCAUGGAAGUGCUGCAUGCAAUCAAAAGGGCGUUCGUUACCUUUGACCAAGACCAUUUUGGGAGAGUUUACGGCACCUUCGUUCGGCCCCACUUAGAAUAUGGCAUACAGGCAUGGCGGCCAUGGCUUGUAAAGGACAAAGCAUGCCUCGAACGGGUGCAACGUAGGGCAACAAAGAUGGUAAAUGGUCUAAAAAACCAAUCCUACACGGACAGACUGAAUUGCCUUAAUCUAUCCCCUCUGUGUUACAGGCAGAAAAGAGGUGAUCUAAUCCUGGUUUACAAGAUAAUAAAUGGCCUUGAGCAUGGACUUAACUUUGAGGACAUGUUUCAGUGGCACCUUUCACCCAAUCUUCGUGGUCACUCGAUGAAGUUAUGGACAACAAUGUCCAGGCUGAAUCUUCGUUCUGAAUUUUUCACGCAGAGGGUAGUGGAGAAAUGGAACGAUCUCCCUCAGUCAGUCGUGGAGGCGACAUCCCUGCAACUCUUCAAGAAACGCUUGGAUGAUUAUUUGUGUCCCCUGUUUUCCCUCGACAGUCUGAAUCUGAGCUAA